AUUGAUGUGUAAUGGGAUCUGUAAUCUUCCUGGGUAGGGCAUGUGUACACGGGUGUGUAAUGGGCUGCAGCGAGCUGUAAAUCCAGAGGCAGGGCAUGUGUAAGUAGUGUGUAUGGGUGUGUAACGGUACGUAGUCGGCCCAGCCAGGGUCUGUGUGUGGGUGUGUAACAGUGCGUAGUCGGCCCAGCCAGGGUCUGUGUAUGGGUGUGUAAAGGUGCAUAGUCGGCCCAACCAGGGCCUGUGUAUGGGUGUGUAACGGUGCAUAGUCGGCCCAGCCAGGGUCUGCGUAUGGGUGUGUAACGGUGCGUAGUCGGCCCAGCCAGGGUCUGCGUAUGGGUGUGUAACGGUGCGUAGUCGGCCCAGCCAGGGUCUGCGUAUGGGUGUGUAACGGUGCGUAGUCGGCCCAGCCAGGGUCUGUGUAUGGGUGUGUAAUGGUGCGUAGUCGGCCCAGCCAGGGUCUGUGUAUGAGUGUGUAACGGUGCGUAGUCGGCCCAGCCAGGGUCUGCGUAUGGGUGUGUAACGGUGCGUAGUCGGCCCAGCCAGGGUCUGUGUAUGGGUGUGUAACGGUGCGUAGUCGGCCCAGCCAGGGUCUGCGUAUGGGUGUGUAACGGUGCGUAGUCGGCCCAGCCAGGGUCUGUGUAUGGGUGUGUAAUGGUGCGUAGUCAGCCCAGCCAGGGUCUGUGUAUGGGAGUGUAACGGUGCGUAGUCGGCCCAGCCAGGGUCUGCGUAUGGGUGUAAUGGGGUUUGUAAUCUCCCCAUCAGGGCGUAUGCUGCACGGCGUUGCUGAUUGCUGUCGUCUCCCAGAAGCUGCAGCUCUGCAGCGAUGAGAAACACGUCCACAAUUUCAUGCAGGAGAUGAGACUGCAGCGGCAGGUGCAACAGGCAGCGGUGGAUCUGAUUGGCUCAGCCUGGCUUGUGUACAAACGCAUGCCAGCGUCUCACCCGCGCCUGGCUCGGCAACUACAGCGCGGUCUCGUCACGGCCGUACACAGGUUCCGGAACGCUAAACAACGGGAACGGAGACACCGGGAUCAGAUCAAUUCCAUGAUGGGACCCAGUAAGAUGUACCAGCUCCUGCAGGACUUGAACCAGAGGCUGUCUCUGUCCUGUAGCGAGUUUGACCAGAGGCUGACCUCUCUGACAGACAAGGUUGACGGCAUGGCUUCGGACAUUGUGCAGAUAUCUGCCCUCCUUCACGGCGCUCGGAGCAGCCCCCGAGAUGCUGAGUGGCCUCUUCCAGUGGAAUAGCCCGCACUCUUUCGGGGUGUCCACGGACCCUUCAUUCCAGCAUGCAGCCGCAGCUGGGGUGAUAGGGGUGCUAUAGGAUCAUGAUUUUCAGGGCUGCCUUGCCUCCUUCCAUCGUUGUCCCUCUGGUAGCGGUCUCACAACUGAAAGGGACAGUCUCGAGAUGUGCAGACCCUCCCAAACAGAGACCACGUCCAGCCCUGUCCCAGUUCCUCAGCUGUGGGAGCCACCAUACUGGCUUUUCCAGGGACCUCAGCUCUGUACACAUGUCCAGUACACACGUGCACACACUCGCACGCACGCACGCACGCACACGCACACACUCAUGCACACACACGCACGCACGCACACGCACGCACGCACACACGCACGCACACACACGUGCACACACACAUACACACACACACUCAUGCACAUACACACGCACGCACACACACACAUACACACGCACGCACGCACACACGCACGCACGCACACGUGCACACACACACACACAC